UUUCUCUCACAGACUUUUCUGCUGGAAAAAACAAAUAAACUUUAACUCCAGGCAGAAACGGUGAUAUUAAUGUCACACAACAUGGACUGCUGAGUAAAAUUCAGUCUUUCCAGGAACAAUAAAUCAUCAGGAUCCUGCUGAAGAGACCAACAUGACAUUCUGAUGGAACUCUUUUAGAUUUGGCCAUUUUGUUAGUUUUGUCCUGAUCAUGUUUAACCCUUUUCACCUGCCCUUUACCCCUAAAUAUUCAGAACGUGCAAAUUCAGACUUUACCUGAGUGAAAUAUAUUCCCUAUAUACUACAAAAACAGAAAUCUCUCUCUGCUCCUGCAUAAUCCUUAGGGGAUUUAAUCUCAGUGUAAAUCCCUCUGCUUCUUAUGUACUGUUCAAUCCCUCAGUACUGCUUAUUUUUCCUGAUUGUGACUGCAUGAUUGUUGUUGUGUGUUUAGGAGUGUAAUUUAUUUCAGCAGUAGAGAUCAGCAUCUUCAGGAUUCAGCAGUGUGUCCGUGAGCUCUCUGUACAUACACUAAUAUUUAAACAUGGAGAGUUCUGAUCUGGAGACCGGAAAUGAGACCCCGCCCUCAGAAAAGCAUAAACUCAAGAGAAAGAGAUCAGACUCACCAGAACACAGAUGUGUCUCCAUGGAGAGUGAUCAGUCUAUGGAUCCUCCUUUGGACCUUAAACAUGGAGACUCCUCAUCUGUACACAGUAAACUCAAGAGAAAGAGAUCAGACUCACCAGAACCCAGCUGUGGCUCCAUGGAGAGUGAUCAGGCUAUGGAUCCUUUUUUGGACCUUAAAUGUGGAGUCUCCUCAUCUGUACACAGUAAACUCCAGAUAAAGAGAUCAGACUCACCAGAACCCAGCUGUGUCUCCAUGAAGAGUGACCGGUCUAUGGAUCCUCCUUUAACCUUUCAACAUGGAGUCUCCUCAUCUGUACACAGUAAACUCCAGAUAAAGAGAUUAGACUCACUAGAACCAAGCCGUGUCUCCAUCAAGAGUGAUGGGUCUAUGGAUCUUCCUGCAACUGUUAAAUGUGGAGUUUCCUCAUCUGUACACAGUGAUCUACAGAAGACAGGAGACGGAAUUAAAAAGACCAUUAUUACAGAUACAAGACACGACUUGGAAUCUGCUGCUGUAAAUGAAUUUCAGAAAAAUUUCAGAUUAAAUCUAAUGAAGAAGUUUGAGUGUUUAAAUGACGUGAUAAUAAAUCAGGAAAACCGUACACUCCUGAAUGAGAUUUACACAGAGCUCUACAUAACAGAGGGAGACAGUGGAGACGUCAAUAAAGAACAUGAGGUGAGACAGAUCGAGGCAGCAUCCAGGAGAACAACAACAGGGGAAACACCAAUCAAAUGCAAUGACAUCUUCAAGACCUUAUCUGAUCAAGACAAACCUAUCAGAACUGUGCUGACAAAGGGAGUCGCUGGCAUCGGAAAAACUGUCUCUGUGCAGAAAUUCAUUCUGGACUGGGCUAAAGGGAAAGCAAAUCAGGACGUCCCCCUCAUAUUUCCACUUCCUUUUAGAGAGCUGAAUCUUAUGAAUGACCAGAAACUGAGUCUUAUGGAGCUCCUUCAUGUCUGUUUUAAGGAAACAAAAGAAACAGAAAUGUCCAGUUUGGAAAAGGUUCUGUUCAUUUUUGAUGGAUUGGACGAGUGUCGUUUCUCUCUGGAUUUCCAGAACACAGUGAGUGUGUGUGAUGUAACUGAAUCAGCAUCAGUGCCUGUGCUGCUGAUAAACCUGAUCAAAGGGAAUCUGCUUCCCUCUGCUCAAAUCUGGAUCACCUCCCGACCAGCAGCAGCUGAUCAAAUCCCAUCUAAGUGUGUCGAUCGGGUCACAGAGGUACGAGGGUUCAAUGACCCACAGAAGGAGGAGUACUUCAGGAAGAGGAUCACUGAUGAGCUUCUGGCCAAAAACAUCAUCACACACCUGAAGUCAUUAAGAAGCCUCUACAUCAUGUGCCACAUCCCAGUCUUCUGCUGGAUCUCAGCCGCUGUUCUAGAGCAAAUGUUGGGUGAAGCAGAGAGUGGAGAGAUCCCCAAGACUCUAACUCAAAUGUACACACACUUCCUCAUCAUUCAGAUAAACAUCAUUAGAGAAAAGUACUCAGAGAAGCAGGAGAGUAAUGAAGAAAUGCUUCUUAAACUGGGACGACUGGCUUAUCAGCAGCUGGAGAAACACAACCUGAUCUUCUAUGAUGAAGACCUGAGAGAGUGUGGCAUUAAUGUGAGAGAAGCAGCAGUGUACUCAGGUGUGUGUACGCAGAUCUUCAGAGAGGAGUUUGGCCUUCACCAGAAUAAAGUGUACUGCUUUGUGCAUCUGAGUAUUCAGGAGCAUCUUGCAGCUCUGUAUGUGCACCUGACAUCCAUGAGGGAAAUGAGAAAUGUUCUUCAACAGAGUCAGUCCUUUACUACAAUCUCAGAUGUCUACAGGAGUGCUGUAGAUCAGGCUUUAGACAGUAAGACUGGACAUCUGGAUCUUUUCCUUCGCUUUCUUCUGGGUCUCUCACUGGAGACCAAUCAGAAACUCUUACAUGACUUUGUAACACACACAGGAAGUAGUUCCCAGAGCAAAGAGGAAACAGUUCAGUACAUUAAGGAGAUGAUCAGUGAAGAAGAUAAACAUACUGCAGAUAAAUCCAUCAAUCUGUUCCACUGUCUGAAUGAACUGGGUGAUGAUUCUCUAGUGGAGGAAAUCCAACGCUACGUGAAAUCUGGAAAACAAAGUGAACUCUCUCCUUCACAGUGGUCUGCUCUGGUGUUUGUGUUACUGACAUCAGCAGAGGAUCUGGAGGAAUUUGACCUGAAUAAAUAUAUCAGUCCAGAGAAGAUAACAGAUGAGGUUCUUGUGAGGGUGAUGCCUGUGAUUGCAGAAUCCAGAAAAGCAAUUAUCAGGUGUAAUACAAUUAAAGAGAGAAGUGGUAAAGCUCUGGUCUCAGUGCUCAACUCAGAAACCUCCAAUCUGAGAGAACUGCAUCUGACUGUGAAGACACUGGACCUCUCUCGGUAUAAACUAACAGACUCCGGAGUGAAGCGUCUCUGUGCUGUACUGGAGAAUCCUCACUGUAAAGUGGAGAAACUGAGGUUGUGUGAGUGUGGUGUCUCAGAUGAAGGCUGUGCUGCUCUGACUUCAGCUCUGAUAUCAAACCCCUCACACCUGAGAGAACUGAAUCUGUCUAACAAUAAUCUAGGAGAUUCAGGAGUGAAGCGUCUCUCUGACACUUUACUGGAGAAUCCUGACUGUAAAGUGGAGACACUGAGGUUGUGUGAGUGUGGUGUCUCAGGUAAAGGCUGUGCUGCUCUGACUUCAGCUCUGAGAUCAAACCCCUCACACCUGAGAGACCUGGAUCUGUCCUAUAAUAAUCUAGGAGACUCAGGAGUGAAGUGUAACUCUGCUGUACUGGAGAAUCCUGACUGUAAACUGGAGACACUGAGGUUGUGUGAGUGUGGUGUCUCAGGUGAAGGCUGUGCUGCUCUGACUUCAGCUCUGAGAUCAAACCCCUCACACCUGAGAGAACUGGAUCUGUCCUAUAAUAAUCUAGGAGACUCAGGAAUGAAGUGUGUCUCUGCUGUACUGGAGAAUCCUGACUGUAAACUGGAGACACUGAGUUUGUGUAAGUGUGGUGUCUCAGGUGAAGGCUGUGCUGCUCUGACUUCAGCUCUGAGAUCAAACCCCUCACACCUGAGAGAACUGGAUCUGACCUAUAAUGAUAAUCUAGGAGACUCAGGAGUGAAGUGUGUCUCUGCUGUACUGGAGAAUCCUGACUGUAAACUGGAGACACUGAGGUUGUCUAGGUGUGGUAUCUCAGGUAAAGGCUGUGCUGCUCUGACUUCAGGUCUGAGAUCAAACCCCUCACACCUGAGAAAAUUGUAUCUGUCUGAGAAUAAUCUCGGAGACUCAGGAGUGAAGUGUGUCUCUGCUGUACUGAAGAAUCCCGAUUGUAAACUGGAGACACUGGGGUCGGAUGAUUGUGGUGUCACAGAUGAAGGCUGUGCUGCUCUUGCUUCAGCUCUGAGAUUAAACCCCUCACACCUGAGACUACUGGAUCUGUAUGGGAACAAAAUAGGAGACUCUGGACAGAAGUGUCUCUCUGCCCUUAAGGACGAUGAACAUUACAAACUACAGACACUGAGGUGAGUAAUGCUCUCUUUAUAUAAACACUGAAACACAUUAACA